CAAAUAUACAUUCGUUUGUGUGUGUGUGUGUGUGUGUUUGUUGUGUGGAAGCCAUAAUACAGUGUUGGUAUGAUCACAACAUUAUUCACAUAGGCGCCAUCAGCCGAUUCGUAUGUGUCGAUUUAAGAUUUGUUCAAUAGAUCCUCUUUUCUCCUGUUUAUGUUUGUUUGUCUCAAUAAGCAACGAACCGCGACCAAAGAGGUGGCAAGGGGUUUGUCAUUUACAUACGACUUAUAUUGUUGAAACAAUAUAACUGCUUGACUUUUGUUUGUUGUCAACCUGUUGGUUCACUAUCCACCACAUCCCUCGGGCAUCACUCUAUCACAUUGUAUUGUAUUAUAUUUGUGUGUGUGUUUGUUUAUGAUAGAAAGUGAAUUAACCUCACUAAGCUCUAAUCAAUCAGUUUUGGAUAACGAUUAAUGAUUAUUGAUUUAUGAAAAGCCAAAAGAAAAAAACGAUAACAUUGAUAAGUAGUUCAACUUGUCAAUUAAUAGUUGUUUGAAAACAUGAGAAAAAUUACCGAGUGUGCGUCCAGUCAUCAUAUUCUGUAAACUUCUGUCAGUGUAUUUGGGUUUGUUUUCAAAUCGAAUCGUUUUGUCCGUCAAAGUGAUUGGUAACUAAGCAAAGUAUCCAAGUGGUCUUUACUACUGUGUUUCUUGUGUAUGCUGUGUUUUGGUUUCCGGGAUUGGUUUAUUUGCGUCCUUGGAAACGACCAUCGCCAUUAACCAUCGAUCAAACCAUUGGUCGAAGAAAGAGAUCGCCAUCAUCAUUCAUCUACGCGUUUUGGUCAUAAUCAUUGUGAAAGUACACCAGGAUUAUCCAAUUAUCAAUGUGAAUUCGAAUGUAUUUAGUAACAACUACGUAACCGAGAAAAAUAUAGUGAAUAUCAUCAUCCAUUAAUCUGGUUCAUCGAUAAAAAAAACUUGAUUCAGAGAUUCUAAUCAAUCUUGCCAUCCUUUAUCGCGAACAAUCUAAUCAUGUCGAGUAGCAACAGUAAUAGCGAUUAUCGUCAAACACCAUCCGGUCUAACUGGCAAGACGAUAGUGUCAAGUUCAAGUUCGUAUCAUUACACAUCGAAUACUACGUCGUAUACAACGACCACUUCCAGUUCGAGUACGUAUACCGCCGCAUCCACUGGUGGUGGUAUCCAUAGCCAACCAUAUCGUAACUAUUUGACCGAUCGAAAUCAUUUCUAUCAUUCAGCAAGUCAACCCACCACAUUCACAACUAGUUCGUCAUCAGCAGCUCGACCAACAUCCACUAUAAUUAGCUCGGUACAACAAUCAACCGCUCAGCAGCAACAGGUUCCGUCUGCUCGUGACCAAUAUCAACAACAACAACAACAACAGCAGCAGCAGCAAAGUAAGCAUCAGCAAUCACUGUUUUCAUCAUUGGGAAUCCAUAGCAAAUUGAACGGCGGAGGCUCCAAACAAUCACUAAAUUCUCAAUCAUCCAACAAUCAUAAAAUGGCAUCAGCCAACAAUAAACAUCAACAACGUUCCAGUUCUUCAUUGGCAAUCGAUGGUGGCUAUGGUGGCCCGAAAACAUCGAUCGACAACAUUGAUGAUGAUGAUGAUUACGAUCUUUAUCCACAAACUACAUGUUCUAAAUUGCUUUAUGGACUACUGUGGUUAUUGGCACAAAUUGGUCUAUUCGGUUCUGUAGCUGCAUUGGUCUAUUGGUUCUUCAAAUAUGAUAAAGGUUUUGCUUACCAGAAUGAUAAACGUAAAAUGUACAAUUUGCAUGCCUUUCUGAUGCUCACCGGAUUUAUCUUUGUCAACGGACAAUCAAUGUUGAUUUAUAAGACGUAUUUGUGUUGUAAAAAAAUAUACAACAAGAUAGCACAUGCUUUCUUCUUUGUUAUCUCGAUCGGUUUGGUAUCGUUUGGCUUUCUUAUCGGUUUCCAGGCUCAAUCGAUCGCUUCAAGUCCUGAUCAACAAGUUCAGCACUUUUAUUCACUUCAUUCAUGGAUCGGUCUAACUACCUGCGCUUUGUUCGCCCUUCAGUUUUUGUUUGGUUUCAUCACAUUUUUGGUUCUGCUCUGUUGUGAUCGUUCAACUGCCGGAUAUCGAGCCCGAUUCCUACCAACGCAUAUCACUUUUGGUGUCGUGAUUUUUGUGUUGGCUAUUGCUGCCUGUUUGGCUGGCCUUUUACAAACAGCUCGUUCUCGUUUGGCUGGACCAUCGCUUACCGAACCUGGAAGAUUCGAUUAUCGUGAUAUGCGAAUCGAAGAUUUCAACAUUUUCCUCAACGCUGGUAUUGUCAUCAAUUUGGUCGGCGCUUGUCUCAUAUUAUUGGCCAUUCUCAUGCCAUAUUUGGUGCUAAAUUUCAGCCGAAAUCGACCAUCCACAUUUUAUGUCAACUAAAUUAACCGGAUCCCCCAUUGACCCAUAUAUGGAAGGCAAUCAUACUCGUUAUCGAUCAUCUAUCAUCUUCAUAAUCAUCAUCAUCAUCAUCAUCAUCAUCAUCAUCAUCAUUAGAUUAUUAUUUGUCCUUUGUCCUGAAUCCAGUGACAGCACAUCUUUUCUCUGCUACAUAGACAGUACCACUCAAUUUUUUUUCUUCUCUCUCUCUCUUUUUCUUCCUUUGAAUGGCUUGUGGCUUUAUCGUGGUUUUUGAAUCAAUCUAUAGGUUAGAUGAGUGUAAUGUACUAAUCUCUAUUGUAAUAGCAUAUAGUAUUAUAAUGAUGUUAACCAAAGCACGAUAUAAUUAUGUCAAUAUUCCAAAAUGGCAGCAUCCUAUUUUAUUCAAUAUUCCUCGUACCAUACAUACACAUCAUAGACUUGUUUGUUCUUUUUUUUGCUUUAUUUCUAAUAUAUAUCUGUCACGUUUGGUUCUCGUUGACAAAUAAUAAUAUGAAUACAACAACAACAUAAUCCAAACAUACUUAUGACCAUGAUAAUCGAUGUAUCGAUCAUAAUUGAAAUUUUUUGAAAAUAAAUUCACUCAUUUAUACAAUGUAA